GGAAUGCACGCUUGCAAAAGGAGAGAGAGGGUGUAUGUUUGCACCCGGUGAAGAGGCCUUCUCUCUCCUGCCUUUUCGCUCCGAUCCACCCCUCCCUGGCCUUUCGCCUUCUCCCAAGUAGGCCUGCAGGGACUCACACCUGAGCAGGGACCAGGAGGUGGAGGUGGCAGGAUAGAAAGAGAGGAGGAAAGAAAUGAAGGGGCAGAAAAAGAAGUGAAAGGGGUGGGGAGGAGGAAGAACCAGCAAGAGAGGAAGCUACUACCAGACAGUGAGUGACAGUGCUCCUGAGCCAAUGCCCAGACAGAUCUAGGCUAAGGGGAAGGAGAACUUAGUGGGCGGAGAGAGAGAGAGAGAGAGAGAGAGAGAGAGAGAGAGAGAGAAGGGGGAAAGUGGGUGGUGGAGGAGGGGAGGGGAAAGGAGGGGGGAGGAGGAGGAGGAACAGGAGAAGGCUGCAAGCAGAGGUAGUAGAGCUGGUGGCGGCGGUGGCGGCGGCAGCGACGGCGGUAGCGGCGGUGUUGGUGCUGGUGGAGGAGGAGGAGGAGGAGGUGGAGGAAGAGGAGGAGGAGGAGGAGGGAGGAAAAAGAGGAGGAAGAAGAAGAAGAGGAGGAAGAGGAUAGGAUGCUCCUGGAACUGUGUAUGUAGAGCUUGGUGGUUAUGCUUCUGUGAGUGAAAGGAGAUAUCCUGGAAACCCAAGAGUGAGAGAGAGAGACAUAUCCAAAAGGCGGUGAUAGCGGCGGCGGCAGCAGCAGGCUGUGAGAGCUGCAGAAGCAGCAGCAGCAGCAGUAGCAGCAGCAGCAGCUCAGUUACAGUGAAGAACCAGCAGCAGCAGCUGCUGCUGCAUCUUUCCCCGCCACCACUUCGCCUUGGGAAACCCAGGCUGUUUUGGCUUUGACAUUUACGACUGUGUUCUCUCCUCCCUCUUCUCCCUCCAUGUGAUUAAAAAAAAAAAAACAAAAAACUGUGUGUGUGUGUGUGUGUGUGUGUGUGUGUGUGUGUGUGUGUGAGUGCGUGUGUCUGUGUGUGCGCGCCUGUGUGUAUGUGGGUAUUUCCUUAUACUGGCACCCAGUCUUCUGAGCUGGGUGGGUGUUUGUGUGUGUGUGUUUUGUAUGUGUGUGGCUUUCCUUCCCAUCCUCUUUCCCCAAGAAUAAAAGAACAGAAAGGCGUGAUUUGAGAAUAAAUAAAUAAUAUAUUAACCAAAAAAAAAGAAAAAGAAAAAACAACAACCCUUAAACACCCUAGAGAGGAGGUGGUGGUGGAGGAGGAGUGAAGGAGGAGGUGGAGGAGGAGGAGGAGGAGGAGGAGGAGGAGGAGGAGGAACGCAGGCGAGAAGGCAGUAACUUUAAAGCCAGCCCAGAACAGAGAGCUACAGCCUAGUGGUUUGCAGCAGCGGCGGCGGCAGCGGCAACGUCGUGUCUCCUCAAGAGUGUGUGUGAGUGUGUGUGCGCGCGCUUGUGUGUGUGUGUGUGCGUGCAAUCGGACUAGCAGCGCGAAGCUCUCCUCCAGCUGCUGGAAAUGUCCGAACACAAGGCAAUUGAUCCGAAGUUAUCGACGACGGACAGGGUGGUAAAAGCUGUCCCUUUUCCUCCAAGUCACCGGCUCACAGCAAAGGAAGUGUUUGAUAAUGAUGGGAAACCUCGGGUGGAUAUCUUAAAGGCACAUCUCAUGAAGGAGGGAAGGCUGGAAGAAAGUGUCGCCUUGAGAAUCAUAACUGAGGGUGCUUCAAUUCUUCGACAGGAAAAAAAUUUACUGGACAUCGAUGCUCCAGUCACAGUUUGUGGGGACAUCCAUGGACAAUUCUUUGACUUGAUGAAACUCUUUGAAGUGGGAGGCUCUCCAGCCAACACACGAUACCUCUUCUUAGGGGACUAUGUGGACAGAGGGUACUUCAGUAUUGAAUGUGUGCUGUAUUUAUGGGCCUUGAAAAUCCUUUACCCCAAAACACUGUUUUUACUUCGUGGAAACCAUGAAUGUAGACAUUUAACAGAGUAUUUCACAUUUAAACAAGAAUGUAAAAUAAAGUAUUCAGAAAGAGUAUAUGAUGCCUGUAUGGACGCCUUUGACUGCCUUCCCUUGGCUGCCCUGAUGAAUCAACAGUUCCUGUGUGUACAUGGUGGCUUAUCUCCAGAGAUCAACACCUUAGAUGAUAUCAGAAAAUUAGACCGAUUCAAAGAACCACCGGCAUAUGGACCUAUGUGUGAUAUCCUGUGGUCAGACCCCCUGGAAGACUUUGGAAAUGAGAAGACUCAGGAACAUUUCACUCACAACACAGUCAGGGGCUGUUCAUACUUCUACAGUUACCCUGCCGUAUGUGAAUUCUUACAGCACAAUAACUUGUUGUCUAUACUCCGAGCCCACGAAGCCCAGGAUGCGGGGUAUCGCAUGUAUAGGAAAAGCCAAACAACAGGCUUCCCUUCACUAAUUACAAUCUUUUCUGCACCAAACUAUCUAGAUGUGUACAAUAACAAAGCUGCAGUAUUGAAGUAUGAGAACAAUGUUAUGAACAUCAGGCAGUUCAACUGCUCUCCUCAUCCUUACUGGCUUCCAAAUUUCAUGGAUGUCUUUACCUGGUCCUUGCCAUUUGUUGGAGAAAAAGUGACAGAGAUGCUGGUAAAUGUGCUGAACAUCUGUUCGGAUGAUGAGCUAGGGUCAGAAGAAGAUGGAUUUGAUGGAGCCACAGCUGCAGCCCGGAAGGAGGUUAUCAGGAACAAGAUCCGAGCAAUAGGCAAGAUGGCGAGAGUAUUCUCAGUUCUGAGAGAAGAGAGUGAGAGUGUGCUGACACUGAAAGGCUUGACUCCCACGGGGAUGCUUCCCAGCGGGGUGCUCUCUGGAGGAAAACAAACCCUGCAGAGCGCUACUGUUGAGGCUAUUGAGGCUGAUGAAGCUAUCAAAGGAUUUUCACCACAACAUAAGAUCACUAGCUUCGAAGAAGCCAAAGGCUUAGACCGAAUUAAUGAGAGGAUGCCACCUCGCAGAGAUGCCAUGCCCUCUGAUGCCAACCUUAACUCCAUCAACAAGGCUAUCUCUUCAGAGACUAAUGGCACUGACAGCAAUGGCAGUAAUAGCAGCAAUAUUCAGUGACCACUUCCCGUUCACAUUUCUUCCUUCCUUCCUUCCUUCCUUCCUUCCUUCCUUCCUUCCUUCCUUCCUUCCUUCCUUCCUUCCUUCCUUCCUUCCUUCCUUCCUUCCUUCCUUCCUUCCUUCCUUCCUUCCUAUCUUUCUUUCUUUCUUUCUUUCUUUCUUUCUUUCUUUCUUUCUUUCUUUCUUUCUUUCUUUCUUUCUUUCUUUCUUUCUUUCUUUCUUCCUUCCUUCUUUCCUUCCUUCCUUACUUCUUUUCUUCCUUCCUUCCUUCCUUCCUUCCUUCCUUCCUUCCUUCCUUCCUUCCUUCCUUCCUUCCUUCCUUCCUUCCUUCCUUCCUUCCUUCCUCCCUUCCUCCCUUCCUUCCUUCCUUUCUUUUUUUUUUUGAGCUGCAGGGCAUGAUGGGGAUUGCUGCACAUCAGCAGUUGGGUGGUCUUGCCUCUGGUUAUAGCUUACUUGCUCUGGGGGCCAGGUGUUGGAUUCAGUUUACAAUAUCAGCUAGAAAAGAGAUAGUAAACUAUGUUUUGGUGGAUGUGGGGUGGGGGUAAAACACCUCCUUGGGACAGGCCUUUUCUUAAAAAAUGCUUACAGAAAAGCAAACAAAAGAAUGCUAAGGGUGGUGCAAAUUGCAGAAUAAGGGGAAUGAACAUGUUUUCCUAUCACAUUGGGAACUCCUAGCUAGGUUACUGAAAGGCCUCUUCUUAUGUUACUGGAUGUGAAAACUUUGUCUAAUUUCUUAUUUCUGUUGUACGUUUACAGUGCUGCAGCACUAAAAAUGGAUGACAUCAAACAUUUUUAACAAAAUGAUGUACAAACUAAAUAAGGACUAUUUAUUGAUAAUGUUUUGCUACUCUUGUCAGACAAUGGCUAUAAACUGAAUUAGGCAGUCUUAAAAAAAAAAGGAAAAAAAAGAAUGUUGCAAAUUUGUUAAAAAUGCCAAAAAAAAAGGACAGUUUAAUUUUGUACAGAUUAUGCUUACCUCAGGUUUCUUUAGUGUGCUUGAAUGCCCUUCUUUCAAUAUUACAUUUAUCUUACUCAUUUGGCAAUGAAUAUCUUUUUUUCCCUUUAAGUUUAAAAAAAAAAACUGGAAUAAUUACAUCUAUCUUUUUUUGCUGUUUAUAUUUAGGGGUUUUUUUUGUUUCUGUUUUUUUUUUUGGUAAAUCAAAUCUUGGUUGUGGCUUGCUGAAUUUAAAUAUUUAUGAGUGGUGCAUUUUUAAGUAUAGUGAACAAGACACCAUAUUAAGUGCAGUGCAAAGCAUCUUUAUUCUGUAAAAAUCUGCCUAUGCAUGUUUUUUAAGAAAAAAAAUGGCUAUAUAGGCCUGUAUGGGACUGUAAUGCGCUUAGUGGUCUGACUUAUACUGGAAAUGUAUGUAUACUGGCGUACUUUAUAUUCUCUAAAAAAUGCUUAAUGCCUUUGAAAUUUUGUAAUCAAAAAAAGCUUUGAAAAAUCUAAAGGGGAGAGUAUUCUUAAAAGUUUUUAACAUAAGCUUGUCAGUGCACAUAUAGAUGGUUAGCAUGUUUAGCAAACCUUGUGAAAUUUAAAUAAGUUUGUAGUUACAUGUGAAACUAAAUGCAUGGUAACUGUUAAUGUCAUAAUGGUUUAGUCAUUUUGUUCUGUUCUGUCACGUGCCACAAAAUGUGUAAUUUUUUCACUUUUUUCCCUUUGUAUAUCAGUUAAUGGGUUACAACUGGUUCAUUCUGAAAACAACAACAAAACAGUCCAUUGAUAUUUUUUAACAAAUGUAUAAGUGCCCAAGUAAUUCACUACAGCCUAAAGCCUUGCCUUUGUAAUUUGACUUCUGAAAUGUUGGCAAUCAAAGCAUGCACUUGUAACAAUGAGAAAAGCAUUUUAUAUUACUACUCAAUAAAAAUGUGCAUGAACUUAAA